UGCACUGCCAGUGCACUAGUCUGCUGCAAGGGAUUGAGCAUUUCUCUUCUCCAUGUACACCGCGUCUGCCUUCAGACUCAGCAUUUACAAGCUCCGCAGCCCACAGGAAAUGAGCUUUACACAAAGGAGACCUUGCUGAAGAUUUGAGUCUUUGUAGAAACACUUCCACCCAUGAUUUUUGGAUACCAUCACUCUAAAAACAACUUAAAAAAAGACAAAAAGGAAAAAGAGAGCUGUAUGAUGCAGAUCCCACAGCUUCUGCAUGUACAUGAUUGUGAAGAAACGUCCUCUGACAGAAUUCCAACGAGCUUCACUCAAUGUACAUUGUGCAGAUCAGUGAUCGCUUUUGGUUAUGGAUGGUGAUUUGUGUCGACAGAUCUGGAGUCUUUGACGAGAAGGGAGGAAAGAGAGGGAGAGUAAUAAUUUGGAGUGGAUUAUUCCCUCCUCCGUGCGUGUUUUAUUCCCCCGCUCAUCUCUCCCACAGAUCGGCAUAGCAGUUAAUGCAGAGUAACGGAGAAGAGAGGAGGACAGCGCUCAUGCAUGCAGCCCGGGAAACUUGCACUUCCUACAAGCCUGCUGAAUGCCGCUUGGAUUAGUUUUCUUUUUGGGUCUUUCACACGAGGAGAACUAAGACAUUGUAAGUCUGCCAGGAUCUGGUAUCCGAUGAAAAGGAGGGAGGGGGGGCUGAAUUUGUACCACACUGGGGUCUUUUUUAGUUUCGCACAUAAUUAGUGUCAGCACAAAGGGAUCAACUGAAUAGAGGUUGUCAGCCUCUGGAAAGGGGAUAUUCAUGCUAAUGGAUUUCCUCCUAAUUGGUCUGUACCUAAAGUGGCCGCUAAGGAAGACUCCUGGGCUGAUACUGUGCUCCCUGGGCAUUAUUCUGAAAAUAGUUCCCCUGGUGGGGGCAAGCUGUCCAAGACCAUGCCGAUGUGACAACAAGCUGUUGUAUUGUGAGGGGCUCAACCUGACCGACAUUCCCCAGAACCUGAGCAGUGUCACUGGCUUGUCCCUGCGUGAAAAUAAUAUCUCCGAGCUGCGGGAUGCAAACUUUGUGGGCCUGUCGCAGCUUACCUGGCUCUACUUGGAUCAUAACAAUAUUGAAAUUGUGGAAGAGGGUGCCUUCGAGAGGCUGCGAAGGGUUAAAGAGUUGGAUCUAAGCACCAACUGGAUCGAAACCCUGCCAAACGGGACCUUUAGACCUCUGCCCAACUUGCGAAUAUUGGAUUUAUCCUAUAACAGACUUCAAUCCUUAGAGCCAGACCUUUUCCAUGGCCUUAGGAAGCUUACCAAUUUGCAUUUGCGUCGCAAUGCCCUUAAAUUUAUCCCUGUGCGUAUAUUCCAGGAUUGCAGAAGCAUGCAAUUCCUUGAUCUGGGUUACAACCAGCUGCAGAGCCUGGCACGCAAUUCAUUUGCCGGACUCUUCAAGCUCACCGAGCUGCAUUUGGAGCACAACGAGUUGGUGAAAGUCAAUUUGGCCCAUUAUCCCCGCCUCAUAUCCCUGCGAACCCUCUACAUGCAAAACAAUAAGGCCACCAUUGUGGUCAGCACCCUUGACUGGACCUGGGACCACCUGGAAAAAAUUGACUUCUCCAAUAAUGAGAUUGAGUACAUUGAGCCACAUGUGUUCGAGAGUGUGCCCAACCUUAAGACACUAACAUUGGAUUCCAAUAAACUGACCUACAUAGAUCAGCGGAUUUUGGACUCAUGGACAUCCCUGAGCAGUAUCACACUGUCAGGGAAUGACUGGGAGUGCAGCAGGAAUGUCUGUUCCUUAGCUUCCUGGCUUAGCAACUUCCAGGGACAACGUGACAAUGGCCUCUUGUGUGCCAGCCCAGACAUUGCACAGGGUGAGGAUAUUCUGGAUGCCGUCUAUGCAUUCCAGUUAUGCGAGGAUAAUAUAGACAUAACCACGCAGACCUUCACUGCCACCAAAAACCGGGCCAAAGUUUUUAUAUACAAUGGCCCGACACGAAGCCCCUAUGACCUGCAGGAUGUAGAGGGUGGGGAGGUGGUAACAAACUCCUUAACAGUGACUGUGUCUGCUGAUGAUCUGGAGAGCACCAUGCAGAUCCAUAAGGUGGUCACAGGCACCAUGGCCCUAAUUUUCUCCUUUCUGAUUAUUGUCCUCAUGCUUUACGUGUCUUGGAAAUGUUUCCCAGCAGGCGUAAGGCAGCUGAGGCAGUGCUUCACCAGCCAACGUCGCAAGCAGAAACAGAAGCAGACCAUGCAGCAGAUGGCUACUACGUCUGCAUCAGAGUACUAUGUUGACUACAAACCCAACCAUAUUGAGGGUGCACUUGUCAUCAUCAACGAGUAUGGCUCUUGCACAUGCCAGCAGCAAGCAUCUCGAGAAUGCGAGGUCUGAUUCCCAACCCGUGUAGUUUUCAAGUAAAUGGUUUCAGUGUAUUGAUGGAUUUGGAAAACACUUUCACUUUGCACCUCAUUUUGCUGCUCCAAGGAGGAAGCUACAUUUCUGAAGUGCAAGUUGGACAGAAAAUAAGAUUUAGUGCUGAUUUCUACAGCCUCAAUGCCUUGCGGGGGAAUCUGACUGUGAGACCUGUGUACUUGAUGCAAAAGAUGUGGAAUAAUUAUGCUGACCUGUCCUGGUUUCUCUCGUGAAGAGUGGAUAUUUGAGCUUUAAUGUGUAUUUCUACUUCAGGAUAUUCUAGAACUUUCUAAAGCUACUGAGGACAUCCAGAACAACAUUUUAAUGUGGUAACAAACAUACAGACAAAUUAAAUUUGAGAAAAAAAAAAGAAAAAGAAUCCAUUAAAAAUGAUUCUACAGUAUGUAAAAUAUGUUAAAAGCAGACAUGCAAAAGUGGGAAUAAAAUGCAAGAUGUUAUCCUAUUUCUUUUGUAAACUAAGAAGAAAAAAAAAUAGGACAACACAAAUGUUUAAAUAAAUGAAUUGCGAUUCACAGUAUUAAUUUCUGCAGGUGAGUUUGAGGAUUGCUUUUUGUCUGUGGUCAUUGGAAAUUAUUAUUAUUAUUAUUAUUAUUAUUAUUAUUAUUGAGCUCUGCAGCAUUGCAGGAUGUAAAUAAGCAGGGCUGUGGGGACCGCUUCACUUCAUUUGAAAUGUAAAGCUUCAGUCUAAGAUUCAGAUCUCCUCGUCUCUCCACGAGAUAUAAUCACUGUGCAAAGCUUGAUUGCUGUGGCUGUUGCAGUUGUUUCCCCUUGUCCCUAUCCCAAAUAGAUUAAGCAAACUAGCAAAAAACAAAAUUGGCUGAUGCGGUAUGAUCAGAUGGCAAAUCUCAUAUGAUAAAUUCAAACAUUUUUGUGCUGUUCAAAUAAACAAGACAAGAAGUGUCUAAGACAUUAAUUCCUUCACUGCUUCUGUAGAUUUUAGAGACAUCAAUUUGAAAGAUUCCUGUUUCAGUGCAAUGUUAUCUUUUGAAGAUGUCCCGUGGUCCCCUAUUCUUAUUGUGUGAGUGAUCAUACUCGUAGAUUGAUAGACUGAGUGUGUCCUGUAUCGAUGGUUAUAGCGCUGAUAAAAGAACAGGGCCUCUGAGAGAAGGUACAGGCUGCUCCCUAGUGUUCACACCAGCAGUAGAGGAAGACAAGAUACUGCAGCAACAAUCCCGUGGCUUGCUCUUACCCAGGUUUUGUGUGUGUUUGUGUAUAUGCCUGUUGCUUGUCUAAAUAAAUACAGUCUCUAAGCUCAGCUCAGGUUAAUGAUUACUGCCACAGCGUCAAGUAUCUGCUAUUAGGAACAAAAACCGGCUGGUCAUUGGGCUAGGGAAGGGAAAGUUACUUUGCAUUAACCGGGUUGCUGUCUCUCUUUGUUUUAAAAUAACUGGGUGAUUAUAAAUUAUAGGAGACACACAACUGUGAAGAUGGUGUGUUUGCUUAAUGUAAAGACAGGAUAAAUGUUUAUGAGGUUGUAUGUAUGUGCUCUUAUGUGUGUGUGUGUGUGUGUGUGUGUAUGCAUUUGACUAUUUAAGUGUGUAUGUGUGAGUGUGUGUGUGCGUGUGUGUGAGUGUGAUGUGUGCUUAAAACAAAAAGGUGGAAUGGAGUGAGUUUUGCGCAGUUGCAUGUGUGAAUCUAAGCUACACUUGUUUGUCACAUUUAAAUGGGAUAAGCCUUAAAGGGACAAUAUAAGGCUGAGCAAGUAUUUUUACAGUCAGAUCCACAGUUUUAUUAUGGAUUCUAAUGCCCUGCCCCUUUGAAUCCUUUAAUACUUGAUAUGAAACUGUUCUAUUUUCAGCACUGUAUUUGAUGCGUAUAUGAAGCUAAGCCAAGCUAAACCAAUACAAUGUAUUCGUACUGUUGUAAAUGAUACACAAUGUGACAUGCUUCACCCUUUCCUUAGAUUGUUUUUCUUGUCGUUAUUUUGCUGUCAAUACAUGCUUUUUUUCUCCAGGUAAAGACUAUACUUUAUCCAUGAUAGUUAUCUGGUCUGACACUCUUGGGACUAACAUCUUUUAUCUAGCUUUGUUUUUUUUUUCAUUUCCUUGCAUUGAAAGGAAUUGUUCAUACCCUAUUUUUGAAGCAAACCCCUAAAGUAUGUAAAAUCCAAUGCGUGGUUGGGUUUUUAAUGAAUCCUCUGUAGAGCAUUAAAAAAAAAAAGCAUCUCUAUUUGUGAUGUGACAUAUUUAUAGCAUGAACACUAUGAUAAAAGGACUGCAGAAGGCAUUAUUCCCUGUUCAGCAGAAGAAAUGGCAAUUGUAGCUAUUCACUCCCUCUAAAAACAGGUGGUUGGGAUUCAGAGAAACAAAAACAUGUCUUUCAAAAACAAUAUCCAAUACUGUACCAGCAUCAAGACAAAUGUCAACAGGGAAAACAAUGGAGGCGCAGAACGAGUUGUUUGAUUUCAUUCACCCUUCUCCUCUCCAACACUGAUCCCUCCUCCAAUCAAAGUGCUACUGUGGUCUGUUAUUAGCCUUUCCAGACAAUUUUUUUCAACACUAUAUUGCAUGUUUGUCAUUUCAUCCAAUCACUGCAAAGAGUCCUAUUGAAUUUCCUUUCCCCUUAAUUCUUCUUCACAGAUCAAUAUGGAUAGUUUGUGUGUGUGUGUAUGUGUGUGUGUGUGUGUGUGUGUGUGUGUGUGUGUGGUGGGGGGUUGGUGAUGAAGGAAAGAGAAAGAGGAGGUGUAUUGGGGUUAUGUUUUAUUGAUACAACAAUAUUUUAUUGAUAUUUUGGCUAAUUAGAGAAAGGAAUGCUUGGCUAUGUGCCCUGUGCCAUAAGAAAGGGGGGUGGGGUGUAUACA